CUAUUCGAUUCCGGCGCGUCGCACCACAUGUCUCCUCACCGCUACAAGUCCGUUCGCUACGAAGCCAUCCCCGCGAGGUCCAUCCACGCAGCCGACUUGCACACGUUCAAGGCCGUCAGCAAGGCCGAUAUGUACAUCACCAUUCCGAACGGAAAGGGCGAAACCACCCGCGUCCUCCUC